AUGCACGUUCACGAUGAGCAACCUAACAUCGCCUCCAACCGCACUGGUCGACCCAAGGGGGUGAAGAACAAAAAGACUCUUGAACGAAUAAAGCAGCUCCGCGCUGCCGACGACAGAGACGAGGAGGGGACGAGGGUCGCUGAUAACGAACAGUGUACGAGCAAUUUCCAAAGUUCCGACACCUUUGAGCUGCUCCGUGAUGGCGAAAUGCCAGACUAUUUACUCCCUGAACCCCUCUGGGUUGACACUCUGUUGACUACAACAGACCUGGCGCUUCCAGGGUUUGGGGAUAUGGACCGCAUCCUCAAAAGACCCCAGGACACAGACCUAGACAGCUCCCCGAUGCAGUUCUCCAAAGUAGCUGGAGUUCACCCCUCGCAACCUCAGAACCAUCCUUCUUCCACAUGUCAUUGCGUCCGACAGAUUACUGAGCAGCUGGCCAAUUUCAAGGCUCUAAGUGUUUCUCCACAGCGGCUCCAGCCUGACUUUGUCCUCACGGUAGCUAGAGAUUCUCUGCUAGAGUGGCGACCUUAUCUGGAGUGUUCGAGAUGCGAGUACAGCGACGACAAGGACGUCUUGGUUUUGUCGGUUAUGGCCCUCCGUGCGUUGUUCAAUCUGAUCCAGGCAAUCGGCCUUCAACAUAAGUACCAGUCUCGUCACGACGACAGCCAGGAGGAUAUAUCUACGGCAAGUGCCUCAUCUGCACCGUUUUUGAACUCUCAGAAUUCUUUCCUGGGCACGUAUCGACUCGUCUGCGAAGAGAAGCGACUGGUUGUGGAUCUUCUUCUAUACAGGACACUGAAGAGCCUUUACCGCACGGCCAAAAAUCUGACGGAGAAGAGCCUCAGGAUGACCGGAACAGCGUCCAAGAGAGACAGCACAUCCGAUCAAUCGUCCCGAUCGCAGAGCUCUCCUUAUCCACUAGUUGCGAGCCCUAUACUUUGUUAUGGCCUUCCCCAGAAGGUGACUAUGAGUGAUCGGUCGAAAGGAUUAGAUUCCACCGGGUUCAGUAUUUCGUCAGAUGAACAUGACAACUAUUUACAGAAGUCUCUACAGAGCUUGACGGCCAACAUCGAAUCUCAUCUGAUGAAAAUCCAAACUCCUCAGUCAAUCCAAGGCCAAAGGGAUGCCGAUACCUUUGGGUUUUAG